CGUACAUCCACACCAAGACCCUUCUCGUACUUGUUCAAUUAAAAACAAUGAUGAAGAAUUUUGCCUACUACUUCAGUCAAAAACAACAACAUCAACGUUUUUGUAGGUUUUUCCCACACAGCCUUGGAUUCUUGGUUCGUUUUCUAGCCUUCCAUGUCCACCCCUUCUUUAUUCAACUUUGUUAUUUUGUGAUUCUUUCUCUGCUUGGUUACCUCGGUCUCAAGGCCUCCAAGCCAAGGACCCCCCUUAGACCAAAUGACUUGGACCUCUUUUACACCUCAGUUUCUGCUUCCACAGUUUCUAGCAUGGUAGCCGUUGAAAUGGAGGUUGUCUCCAAUUCUCAACUAAUUCUCCUAACCCUUCUCAUGUUUGUUGGUGGCGAAGUUUUCACUUCCAUGCUCGACCUUGUAUUUGCUAGGUAUAAAUUCACCCGGAGUGUCCAAAAUAAAGUUAGCACCAAUCAUUCUUACCUGACUCGAACAAGAUUACCUCCGGUAGAUGAUACUUCUGGUUUAGACCAAAUUUUUUUUAGCAGCAAUCCUUUUUUAUCCACAAAGAAGCCCUCGAUUAAUGCCAAUCAAAUUGAACUUGGUUUAGUUUCUAUUCAUCAUUCAGAAUCAGAAAACCACAAACCAAGUGAUAGUAAUAAUACUAACGUUCCAAAGGGCACGGUAGUGUCCUUUAACGACAGUGAUAGACUUAAGUAUAACUGUCUUAGUUACCUGACUUAUUUAGUUUUAGGUUACCUUGUGGUGGUUCAAUUUGUUGGCUUUAGUUCUGUGUCUUUGUACAUAACCCUGGUACCGAGUGCAAGACAAGUACUGAAAAAUAAAGGCAUUAAGAUUGCAACGUUUUCUUUGUUUACCAUAGUUUCCACGUUUGCUAGUUGUGGUUUCAUCCCCACCAACGAGAACAUGAUGGUUUUCAAGAAGAACUCGGGGCUUCUUCUCCUUGUUCUCCCACACAUCCUUCUAGGUAACACCCUUUACCCACCGUGUUUGAGGCUUGUGAUAAUGGUUCUGGAAAGGAUUACUAAAAGAGAGGAAUACUCGCACUUGCUUAAGAAUUUCAAAGACGUGGGUUAUGAUCACAUGCUUUCUGCUCUUCAUUGUUGCCUCCUGGUUGCUACUGUGUUGGGUUUUAAUCUUAUACAGUUUGUGAUGCUUUGCUCUAUGGAGUGGAACACCAAAAUCAUGGAGGGUUUGAAUGUGUAUGAGAAAGUGGUGGCGUCCUUGUUUCAAGUUACAAACGCGAGACACGCCGGUGAAUCUGUUUUUGAUCUCUCCUCCAUCUCUUCAGUCAUAUUGGUACUCUUCGUUGUCAUGAUGUACCUCCCACCAUACACCACAUUUUUACCAGUAAGAGAGCAUGAAAAUGAUGCGAAGAGAAGCGAAAAAAGCGUGUUGGAGUGUCUUGUAUUCUCUCAACUCUCUUACUUGGUCAUUUUCAUUAUUCUGAUUUGCAUCACUGAGAGCAAAAGCUUAAGAGAGGACCCGCUCAACUUUAAUGUGUUGAACAUCACCCUAGAAGUCAUCAGUGCUUAUGGAAACGUAGGCUUCUCAACGGGAUACAGCUGCGCUAGGCAAUUGAAACCCGAUGCGACGUGCAAAGAUUCAUGGGUUGGAUUCUCCGGUAGGUGGAGUAGCAAAGGCAAGUUUAUCCUUAUCUUGGUCAUGUUCUUUGGGAGGCUCAAAAAAUUCAACAUGAAAGGUGGCAAAGCCUGGGACCUCUCCUAGCACUGAGAUAUAUAUGAACCCUAGUCACAACAAUAUGAACACUAUUCUCUAGCUUGCUAAGUUUGUUCUCAAGCAUCUGCACUGAAUGUAUGAGUGUAUUAAGAUAGAUUCAGAUGGGAAAUUAUUAUAUGGUCUGAGUCACCAUAUAUAUAGUUCAACCAAUCUUAAUAUUCCAACUACAUGUUACAUAAAAAUUGGUUGUAAUUAUGGAUAUGUAGUGAUCCGAGACCAUAAAAUAUUUUUUCCUAAAAGAUAGUGAGAUUCUACUUUCAGAAACAACAUCAAUGUAUAAAUUAGUCAAAUGCAGAAGCAUUUCUGGAUA